CUGUCUCUCUACCUGCAGCCGGCAUCUCUGUCUCGCACGCCGCUGCUUCUGUUUCUUCUCCGGCCCUUUGGCUGCCUUGCCUCCUGCGGCUUCCUGCUGCCCUUUUGUCCCUCGUUUGCGUCUGUUCUUUCGUCCAGGCUUCUGCCCUGCUCUCGCCACGGGUUGAUACAUAACCACCUUCUGCCCCGAUGACAUUACGGUUCAAGCUCUCUGAUCUCCCCUCCGAGGAGGCCAAGGUCCAUCUCAAGUCCAUCGCAGAGUCGCUCCGGCGAUCCAAGCGCUGUGUGGUCGUCACUGGCGCUGGCAUCUCGGUGUCUGGCGGAAUCCCUGACUUUCGCUCCCAGAAUGGCCUCUACAAUCUCGUCAAGGAAAAGUACCCAACGUCCAUCAUGAAGGGCCGCGAUCUCUUUGAUGCCACCCUCUUUCGUGAUCCGACCUCGACGGCGCUCUUCUUCACCUUCAUGGGCGAGCUCAAGGACGUCAUUGCCAAAGCCUCCGUCACGCCGACCCACCAGUUCCUCAAGAGCCUCGACAGCCAGGGCAAGCUCCUGCGCUGCUACACCCAAAACAUUGACUGUCUCGAGAACCGCCUGAACAUGACCACCGAUAUCGAUCUGGAGCCGAAAGAUCUGGGGCUGCCCAAGGCCAAGCCCGACAAGGGCCAGCCCAAGGUCAUCCAGCUGCACGGCGACCUCGAUCGGGUGGUCUGCACCGUGUGCGGCCACACCUCCAAGUUCACAGACGAGGUCCAGACAAUCUUCAAGUCUGGGGCGUCGAUGCCGUGCGACCAGUGCGUUGAGCAGGAAAGCAUCCGGAUGGCCCUGGGCAAGCGCUCGGCCGCGGUGGGCAUGCUGCGGCCCAACAUUGUCCUCUACAACGAGCACCACCGAAACGGCGACAUGAUCGCAGACUUUGCCACCUACGAUCUGAAGCGGAAACCUGAUCUGCUCAUUGUCAUGGGCACCUCGCUCAAGGUCCACGGUAUCAAGCGGCUCGUCAAGGACAUUGCCAAGACCGUGCACGAGCUCAAGCAGGGCAAGGUCAUCUUCAUCAACCGCACCGAGGUCUCGGGCGAGUGGAACGGCGUCUUUGACUACCAUCUGCUGGACGACACCGACAUUGUCGUCGAUAUGAUUGAGCAGGAGGCCAAGCGGCUGAGCGAUCUGGCCCAGGUCCGAUCUGUCUCUCGGAAGGACCGAGGCAAGCGUCUGGAGCUCUCGGUGGAUCUUCCUGCCCACCCCGUCAAGCUGGAGUCCUCGCUCUCGUCGCUGUCGACCCAGAGCCAAGACUCGCCCCUCCCCGAUCUCGUGUCGAGCGACUCGGAGAGCUCCGAGCGCGAAUCCACCAAGGACGAAGCUGUGGCAUCUCCCGGCUCGGUUCCGGCUUUGGAUGUUGCUGCGGAAGAAGAAGCCCCGGCAAAGAAGCGGACACUCGAUACCGACGAUGCUGCGCCGGCGCCCAAGCGGACGCGGUCUGCCGCUGCUGCCGCUGUUGCUGCUGCUGCGUCGACCAAGACCGCCGUCGCCCGUACUCGCGCCUCCAAGAGAUCGGCCGCUAUGGCCCAAACCAAGCUGUCAUACAAGUCGACAAAGUCGUCGUCGCAUGUUGCUGUUACUGAUGCUGCCGGUGCUAGUGCUUCCGAGUCUGCUCCGGCGCCCGCCAAGAUCCCUGUCAUCAAGUUGGUCUUUCCCGCCAUCAAGACCGCCAAGGCCAUCAAGGCCGAGGACACCAAGCUCGAGAUUCCCCAAAUCCCGCGGAAGAUGAUCGUCGUCGACGCACAACCCGUCGCCUGAGGUCAGAUUGGCGCCUUUAUAACUUUGGAUGGGAGAGACCGCUGUUGCUGCUGUCUUUCCGCCGCCCCAGCCCAUCAUCACCCGACACACCCGAACAAUCUCGACGAUAUACUUCGUUUGGGCCGUGUGGAUGGAGCUGCAGUGUCGAUAGCAAUAUAUAUAUAAACCCGAUUGAUUCACAAA